AUGUCGGCUGCGAGCUGCGCCUGCUGCGCCGCCUCUGCAGCAGCCCCCUCCACGGCGCUCUGCAGAGCGGCCUCCACGGCGGCAGCGACGCCCCUGGCGCUGUCCAGCCUGGAGCAGAUCAGGGCAUUGGGUGGGGGGUGUCGAUACCAGUCUGCCCACCGGCCAUCGGCAGAACUGCAACACAAUCUAAUGCGCAGAUGA